CUCCGAGUUGGCGGCGCAAACUGGUUAUUACUGGCGCGGCGAAUGAUUUUUAGAGCACGGGGGUCGCCGCCGCCGACGAUAACCGGCGAUAAGAGCGGCGCGCGACCCCGAAACCGGUUUCGAUGCAAAACACGCGCUCUUAUCACCGCGUAAAUGUAUUCCGAAGAAGACUCCGAAGUCAUACGUGUGGCUACAAUAGGCUUCUUUCUACCACACAGGUAGAAAAAUAUAUAAUGGGACCCCCUGAGUCCGAAGGUCGCGGUGGUCUGUUUGCCGCGGUAAGCGUGGAAGCGAUAUAAAAUUAAAACGACCGCGGGUGGUAACGCAACGAAGGCUGAAUUGGAUGCCGAUCCAAUUGUAAGUAAAUGUAACUAUAAAUAAUUUGUUGUUUGUAGUGGAUGCUGACGUAAAUUCGCAUUCGCGCUUUGAUAAAUAUGUUUAACGUUCUUUGUCGAGUGGAAUUUUAUUUAUUUUUAUUAUGAAGGAAAACUGCGUUCAAUUUAAAUGCUGGCGAUAUCAAUGUUGCUAGAAUCACACCUUUAUCAGCAAAAAAUUGAGAUAGUCACUGGCAAUCGCAGUGAUGUUUUGGUUACACGCUGCUAAAAAUAAAAUAAAUUGUGUAUGUGUAAUUUAUUCAAAGUAAGUUACAAAAUCCACCAAAAUAAUUAAUUUAAUUAGAGAAAUGUAAAAUGUAAUUUACAAUUUACGUGAGUGUGUGAUAAUUUAAGUACUUUCUUGUCUUUGGUGACUUUCGAUAACAUGGCGAGUUAGAAAAAGCAGUAAUAAGUCGAAUGUGUGACCUUAGAGUUCAGCGUUUCUCGAUUACACCGCAAACUUUGCGCUGUAAUUGCAUUGUAAUCAAAUGGCGCAUGCGUACUCACCACGUGUGACUAUGUUGACUAUCCAAUUGUAAAUAACUAACUGAUUUGUUCGUUCGACUGGUACUGAAGAGCCGCACUCACUGAAUGAGUGAAGAGUAAAGACGUGAAUCACCAGUCGGCGGGCGAGUAUUUUUUCUCAGCCACAAAUUAUGAACGAAAAAAACGAAAACACACAUGUUAUGUAUGCGGCCCAUUGGAAGCCCUGCGAGGAGUAUUGUGAGAGAUUCGAGUGGAGGGCGUGACGAGUGGUUUGGUCGACUGCGGCUGGGCCCCCAUUAAAAACGGACCCCAUACAAAGGUGGCAUGAAAAAAAAAGAAGAAGUGAGAAGUUGAGAGAGUGGAGAGUUGGUGGAAGUGGGAUGGCGUGUGUUUUGUCCGGCGCGGCGUGGUAGCACAAAAAAAUUGCCCCCAGCGAAGGUAUUCCACGGAACCCAAUGAUCCCAAAAAGCCAUCUACAUCAACAUCCACAUUCACAUCGCCCAGAUGUUAGAUUACUUUGGGAUUUUUAGUCUAAUACCGGUUUUAGGUAUUUUUUUAAUUAAAAUACCGGUAUUUUCCACUUAGUUAUAAAACAAUUGUUAUUAUUUAUUUAAAUACUGACAUAUUUUCUGUCAGUAUUGUAUUUUAAAAAUGGCGCCCAAAAUGACAUCUACAUCAACAUCCACAUCGCCCAGAUGUUAGAUUACUUUGGGAUUUUUACUCGUAGUCUAAUACCGGUUUUAGGUAUUUAAAAAAUCAAAAUACCGGUAUUUUCCACUUAGUUAUAAAACAAUUAUUAAUAUUUAUUUAUAUACUGACAUAUUUUCUGUCAGUUUUGUAUUUUAUUGUAUUUUAAAAAUGGCACCCAAAAAAACAUAUCGUGAGAGCACCGCGCGUGUGGAACAGUUUAAAAAAGAAGUCGUCACUGAUUGUCACACGAUUCCGCUGGAGGAUUUGUGUCGCCGGUUUGAUACCAAUCCGGAACGCGGUAUUUCGAAGAAACUAGCCGCUGACCGCCUAAUUCAGAAUGGUCCCAAUGCCCUUACACCAUCACGACAAGACCCCGAAUGUAUAAAAUUCAUCAAGCUGAUAACACAGGGAUUCUCUUUACUCCUGUGGAUCGGUACCGUUCUAUGUUUCAUUGCAGUCUUCAUCGAAUACAUCAACAAAAACAAAAUUGACAUGGAUAAUUUAAUAUUAGCGUUUGUCCUGAUAACAAUUAUUCUAUUAACUGGUAUUUUUAUGUAUGUUCAACAACGUAAAAGUUCCAAGAUAAUGGAUUCUUUUGCAAAUAUGAUUCCACAAAUAGCCAACGCCAUUCGUGAUGGCCACAGUGUACGUGUAAAUGUCUCUGAAUUAGUCAUAGGUGAUCUGGUAGAGAUUAAAUUCGGUGAUAGAAUCCCAGCGGAUGUGCGCAUUGUGAAAUCGCAAGGAUUCAAAGUGGAUAAUUCUUCGAUAACCGGUGAAAACGAAGCGUUGUUGCGAACGACUAAAUGUACGAGUGAUAAUUAUCUGGAGACGCGUAAUAUUGCUUUCUUUUCAACCAACGCGGUAGAGGGCACUGCCACUGGGAUUGUGGUUAUGACAGGCGAUUUGACAGUUAUGGGGAGGAUUGCUGGUUUGACUGCGCGGUUGCAGCCAUCGGCAACGCCAAUUGCGAGAGAAUUACAUCGAUUUAUGAAGGUAAUUGCUGUGUGGGCUUGUAUUGUCGGGGUUGUUUUUGGUAUAGCUUCAGUAUGGAUGGGCUACAAUUGGAUAGAUUCGGUUUUGUUUAUUAUUGGUAUUAUUGUCGCUAAUGUUCCGGAAGGUUUAUUAGCAACAGUAACUGUUUCACUAACAGUGACAGCGAAAAAGAUGGCCGCCAAGAAUUGUUUGGUUAAAAAUCUGGAAGCUGUUGAAACUCUCGGGAGUACUUCGGUGAUUUGUUCGGAUAAAACCGGUACUCUUACACAAAACAAAAUGACAGUCUGUCAUUUAUGGUAUAAUAAUAAAUCUAUAAUUGCGGAUACCAGUUCUGAUCAGUAUGAUGCACGCCGAUACAAUCGUAAAGAAGAUGAAGGGUUCAUGUCAUUGAUGCGCAUCGCAACGCUGUGCAAUCGAGCGGAGUUUCGAAGAGAUCACCGGAAGCCUAUAUUACAACGUGAGGUAAAUGGCGAUGCGAGCGAGGCGGCCAUUUUGAGAUUUGUGGAACUCACGCGGGCGCACGGCUCGCCUACACAUUAUCGCCUCGGACAUCAUAAACUCAUCGAAAUACCCUUCAGUUCAGUCACAAAGUAUCAAGUAAGUGCGCAUUACUUUGGCGAACAGGUUUUGCUCGUAAUGAAAGGUGCACCAGAACGUAUUCUAGAAAAAUGCACUGAUAUUUAUUGGAAUGGUAGUACAAUAGAAAUAACCUCUGAACAAAUUGAUAUCUGCAACCAAGCGUGCAUGGAACUAGCAGCACGAGGUGAACGCGUCCUUGGAUUUGCUGAUCUUAUUCUCAACAAUGAUGAAUAUCCAGUUGAAUUUCCAUUCACAGUUGAUCCACAACCAAAUUUUCCACUUACCGGGCUACGUUUUGUCGGAUUCAUCUCACUUGUUGAUCCACCACGGCCUACAGUACACGACGCAGUUGAGAAAUGUCGCACAGCCGGGAUAAAAGUAAUAAUGGUGACUGGUGAUCAUCCGGUAACAGCGGAAGCCAUUGCUAAACAAGUAGGUAUAAUCUCUGUGGAAAUCGACGAAGAUACGCGUAAACUCAUCGCUAUCCAACCCUCGCAUAUUGUGGUAACCGGAACAACUUUAAAGGAAAUGUCACCGGAUGAACUCGACGAGAUUUUAUACAGUUAUAAAGAAAUUGUUUUUGCCAGGACAUCACCAACACAGAAACUGCAAAUCGUCGAAGGUUUACAACGUCUGGGGAAAAUUGUAGCUGUCACUGGUGACGGUGUAAAUGAUGCGCCGGCAUUAAAAAAGGCUGAUAUCGGUGUUGCAAUGGGUAUUUCCGGUUCGGAAGUGUCGCAACAAUCAGCUGAUAUGGUCCUGUUGGAUGACAACUUUGCAUCGAUUAUCACAGGUAUAGAAGAAGGCAGGAAGAUCUUUGAUAAUUUAAAAAAGAGUAUUGUGUAUACUCUAGCGUCGAAUAUCCCUGAACUCCUUCCGUUAUUGUUUAUUGUUAUGAACAUACCACUACCAUUGACUGUGUUAGCUGUGUUAUCAAUUGACAUCUUGACUGAUAUGAUGCCGGCGAUUAGCAUGGCAUAUGAACGCGCAGAGAGUAAUAUCAUGCUACGACCUCCAAGGAAUCCAAACAAGGAUAAUCUGGUUACAUUUCGGUUGUAUUUUCUUGCCUAUGGACAUAUUGGUGUAAUUGAAGCGUUUGCCGGGCUGUUUGUUUAUUUUUGUAUUAUGAAUGAGUUUGGGUUUAAACCGGACCGUCUUGUUGGACUACGGCGUGAAUGGGACGCGUAUUACAUUAACGAUUUGGAGGAUUCUUAUGGUCAACAAUGGACGUAUUUGGAAAGGAAAAAGUUGGAAUACACUUGUUCAACAGCUUAUUUAAUUGCGGUGGUGAUCUGUCAAUGGGGUGAUAUUAUAGCGUGUAAAACACGGUAUAAUUCAAUUAUUGUUCAAGGUAUGGGUAAUUGGAUAUUGAACAUGUCCAUUGUUAUUGAGACAGUUAUCACUGUUUUCUUGGCGUAUACACCGUACAUGAGCUAUUUGAAGUUUUAUCCUGUGAAAUUUAGAUGGUGGCUCUAUCCGCUUCCAUUCUCAGCAUUAAUUGUUCUCUUUGAUGAGUUACGUAAGUUUUGCAUUCGGAAUAAUCCAACUGGAUAUUUUCAACGAGAAACUUACUAUUAACAGCAGUUCAAACAUGCAUUUAACAAAAGACAAUGUUGUUGUGGGGGAUGAGAUCGAGUUUGGAAUUGAGGAGAGUCUUGGACAUGUGCAGAAGCUACUCCUUGAGAUGCAUGGAGAUAAAGUUAUACAG